AUGCCUGGUGCGCAAUAUUAUGACGGUAAAAAGUUAAACAUACCAAUAUCAAAAGAGGCCGGAGUUGAACUGGUGGAACGAUGGAUUAAUCAGGGAAUCAGCAGUAUUAUGGCUUGUAUUGCCACCCAACAUCUAAACGAAUUGAACGAGUAUAGACGAAAUCGACUACAAAAGUGCUCAAAAACUGCUGAAGAUAUUUAUGAGCAGGCGUACUGUUUGAUUCGAGCCAUCGAUGGAAAACCGAAGCAGACAGAUCCUACAAGAAUUUCUCAUCUACAAAAGCUGCAAAAAUUAUUGGAUAGAAAGCAAAAGAAUACAGUCAAUGUUCUAAUCCAAUCGGAUAUGAAGCGAAACAAAAAAGGGAAACAGAUGGGAUUUCGUACACGACGAAGUGUAAUCAACCGACACAGUUAUAAGUUGCAUACCGAAUAUGAACAUUUGACACCUUUCGGCAUUCUUGGCAAAUACUUAUCGAAGAUGACAAGAGUUAUCAAAAAUAAGGAUACGAAUUUAUCAUGGAAAAAGAUGAUGUACGAUAUCGAAAGUUUGAAACAACGAGAAAAAGAAAAAAAUGACUUCGCUGAACAAUUGCAGAAACGAUUUUCAUUAAAUCAGAAUGUUGGAAAAGUGAAGCCAAAGCUAAUACCGGAUGAAAAACAUUUGGCAAAGGAAUUACGCAUAUCAGAUCGUAUCUUACAAGCUUUGGAUAAAAACAAUUUAAAAACAAAAGAGACUUUAGAAAUCAUUCAACUCUUUCAACGAACAGUUAAACUUGCGUUGGUUCUUAGUGGUGCUAAUGGUACCGAACUGAAGAAUAAAACACUCAGAUUUGGUUCGCCACGUUUGUUAUCAAUGGUACCUGAUAAUGCUGAAGAUCAGAUUAGCAUUUUAUCUCCCUCGCUGUUCAGUAUGCAUGACAAAGGCAAAGGAUUAGAAGCACUAACAAGUAUUCCGAAAUUAUUGAAAGCCGCUGGUAACAGAGAUUACGAUGAAUGGCUUAAUUUCAUUGUGGAAGCGUCCGGUGCAACUGAUGCAAUACAUAAAUUAAUGGAGGAGCAAGGAUUAGAUUGGUUACCACCCGGUUAUAAAUCAAUGCCACGUGGAAUUGAUGGUCAACCAAUGUAUUUUACGAAGGAAAACGUAACAGAAAUUGAUCCAGAAAUGGCCAGGAAGAUGGAAGUUUUUGAAAACUUAACACGUUCUCUUACGCCAAAACAGUUAAUGGAUUUCAAUACAACCGGAUUCUCGAUGAUGACCCCAAAACAAUUGGUUAUGGUCUAUGGCCCGCAAUCACCGCUAAACAACAGCAAAGCGUUGGAUUUUUUCAUGUCAUUAAGUGAGGAUGAUAUGCACCGUCAUCUCCUUAAUGAUAUCCGUAAUAUGGCUAAGAUGCAUUCUACACUGAAAAUACGCCCCCAGAAACGACAAGCCUUACUUUCUCCUUCAUCUUUUACUACGACUGCUUUUACUCAAGGGAUUGGAUCAGUCGUUCUAUCACCUGCAGCAUUUUCGCUAGUACUUUUUUCUCCAUCAAUUUUCGGUGCUUCUAUACUGAGUCCAAAUGCUUUCGUCGCCACGCUCCUAUCUCCAACGUUCUUCAGUCCGGCGGUCUUGUCACCAGUUGCACUUUCUCCCAUUGUCCUAUCACCAUUGCUUAUUAGUCCUGGAAUUCUAAGUCCUGUUGCUUUAGCACCAGCCGUCUUAUCGCCUAGCGUAUUAUCACCGUUUAUUUUAUCACCAUUUGUACUUUCGCCAGCUAUUAUGAGCCCAUUUGUUCUAAGCCCUUUCAUCUUUUCACCAUCAGCACUUACCGCUCUGAUCGCGAGCCCAUUUGUCUUGUCACCCGGUUUUUUCUCGCCGGGUUAUUUUGCUACAUUGAUCUUUUCACCACAUGCAUUUUCGCCUUUCUUUAAUUCAAGCGGUACAGCAGUCACUUUAUUAUUUUCACCCAGUAUAGGUAGUUGA